GCAGGUGAGACACAGCACAGGAAGAGAACCCUUCUCUGACGCAGCAUCUGAGCUUGGCCGGCAGGAGCAAGUGAGGACUCCAGAGACAUGGCUCUCCCCGCCUUGCAGCAGAACCAGCACUGCAUUUACCCCCAGGUCUUCUGGACAAGCAGCAGUGGAGUUUCCAGCUCUGAGUGUGCCCCUUCAGGACUGUGUCCCAUCAGGUUUGCGCCCCACCAGGACAUUCGCCCUGCUCUGCCUGUGCCAGAGACCAAAAGGAAAAAGCAGAACAAAAAAGAUGGCACAUGCCUGUGUUUCCUGGUGGUUUCUCUGCUGACCCUUCUGGCCCUCACUGGGGUUGGGCUUGCAAUGUUUCAGAUCUUCCAUCUGCAGCAGGAACUAGAUGCUCUGAGAGAGGUAAAUGGAGGCACAGAAAUACCAGAGGAGACCUGCGAGUGGCACACACCACUUGGGGGAAGGGCACCCAGGGUCCCUGGAUUGGCGGCUCCUGAAGAUGGGGCCCUCCACUGAAAGGGGCACAGGGUGAUUUUUAUUCCCAAGUGUGAACGUCUGCCUUUUACCUCCACAGCUUUCCUGCUCCGGGCAGGUGCCUCAAUCUCCUGAGAUGCUCAAAGGUGAGAAGUCCUUGUCCAGGGAUGGCUGGGGGAGGGGGGGGGGAGAGCAGAGCCAAAUGGGUGGUUGUGCCUGGGCUGCCCUGCCUACAUUUGCAGUUCUUAUAAAGUUUCUUUCAUCUGGAAUCACAAUUGCCUAUUUCUAGAGCUUAUUGUUCUUGCCACUGAAUUAAAGAAACUUGGGCCACUUUGGAUAUCUUGGCUCAUUACCUGAACAGUGAAAUGUUGAAUGAAAUGGCUGCAUUGAAGUCCCAGUCCAUGCUAGUUGCAGAUGGACUUCUCUCUUUCUGUUAUUUCUGUAUCCCCAGAGCUUUUGCUGCUUUGGGGAUUUCUGGACAGGUCUGUUUCAUCUGCAUCGGGCAGAUGAUACAGAGAGUGAUUAUAGCACACUUGAGAGCCAUUUCUCUUACUGUCUGGCAUAUAAUAUUUUGAUACAGAACUGUUUGUUGCUGUUCACAAGCUUUUAAACAGAAAUGUAUUGAUUUCAAAAUGGUUUCAUGUGGUCUGCUGGUGGUGCUGGGUGCCAUCGGCCUGUGUUUGAAGUCCAGCUCUUGUGUGGGAGGUGGAGAGCAUUCAGCUCUAGGGAGAUGGGGACUUCUUCUUCCAACCAGCUAAGACCUGCAGGUGGGUGCAUUUAAAAGCACUGCAAGAAAGCCCUCGGGGAUCCACAGUGGAUUUGGAGAUGUGCCAUUGUCCCAAACCAAUCUGAAAACCAGAGAGCUGAGAAGUUUGAGAAAAACAUUGGGCAUGAUCAUGUUGCUUCUGUGCUGAGGCUGCAUGUAAGGAUCUCAGGGUAUUUGCUGGGAAACAAAUUAGUCCUGGGUUGGGGGAGCAGCCAGAAGGUAGAAUAAGAUAUUUGAAAAGCAGUCUGAGAUGUCUCAUGGGAGGGGACUCAGGAAUAAGUUCAGUCAUAGGUGGCUGUGUGGGAAACAGCAUCCAGUCCAUAAACUGGUCUGCUGAGGGAAAUGAAAUGUUAAGGCGCUCAUACCUCACCUCAAGGGCUGCCCACCCUAAAGCACAAUUGCCUCUGAAAGAGGCAAGUUUAGCACUUGCGAUCCCAUUGAUUUCAGUGCCAAAGGCCUGGGGGGUAAAGCCUACUAUGGCACACAGUGGCAUAAUUCUCAUUGAAAUGGAUGUGACCAAAAUGUGCUUAACUUUGGCUGGAUCACACCUCUCAAUUUCUUCAGAGCUGACCUCAUUGCUUCCCCUUUCCAUUUCUUCUCUCUGUUGGAAAGGUAUAAUGCGUUACUUGCCUUAUUCUCUAUUGCAAUGUAGGAUUUCUGAAUGGAACAGUGGAAAAGGAAGUCAAGAGGAGAGCACACUUGACAGGUGGGCAGCAAAACGCAUAGCAAAUAAUCCUGCAAACAGCGAGGGCAAAAAAGAGCUGUAGCUGAGGAAACUAAUGAACUGGCUGAAUUGUACUUGGGAAACUGGUUUUCAUAACCAAAUCAGAUACUUUGCUGUCUCUCAAAACUAAUGGGAACAGGUCAAGGAAAGUGCCUGACUUAACCCUCUCUGCCCCUUCUCCCCCUGAAUUUUUCUCCCAUCUUGGACUGGGCAAAAUGUCUGGAAAAGGGACUACAGGGGGAGAAGUGGAAGACUGGGAGAUGCUUAAGCAUUUCUCUUUGCACCAAAUCACACAUUUCUCUCCCACUGCUUUUGAGAUGUUUGGAAGAGAUAAGAUUCUCUGGCUCUGGGCUGAUGUCCUCAUCCAGAUGAGAGCACUCGGCCCUCAAGCUACAUAUCCUGUACUCUUAAGAGCUGCACAGAAGGACAAGUUUUACCAAGCAUGACAUUGGUCAUUCUUUAACUGGGGUGGGUAGUUGCAAUCUUCCAUUUGCUGCUCUCCUGCUGCCGUCACCUGUUUGUAGCAUUGGAAGAGAGCCGGCCCAGCCAUGAGGCAGCGUGAAGCAACCACCUCAGGUGGCAGAAGCACAAGAGGCAACACCCUGCCUGCCCCAUUGCUUCCGGUGUGUAGCGUUGCCUUGAGCAGAGAAGAUGAGCAGCAAUGGUUCCAGGUUCCAGGUUCUCAGUCAGCAGUGAGAACAACUGACAUCCACACUGCAAAGAGCAAACCAGCAAAUGGUAUGGAGUAGCAUCCUUCAGUGCUCUUCAGAUUAGACAUAAAGGUCAUUUUGCUGUGUUCAAAAAUAUUAGGAAACCUUGCAAUAUAGUGGGGUCUGAGAAACUGCUUGUUGUCUUAUUUUCACCAUGACAUUCCAUGUUUCUAGGCAAAGCAAACCAGCGAUCGCUCCCACUGGAAUGGGAGAGUACCUAUGGACAUGCCUUCAUUUCUGGUGUUCAGUAUGAAAACAGGGGUUUGGUGAUCGAUGAAGCUGGCCUCUACUUCGUGUACUCCAAAGUGUUCUUCCGGGGUGGGGCCUGCACCCCCCAGCCUCUUGAUCAUGUGGUUUUCAAAAGAAACCCAUCUUAUCCUGGUAUCCAGGUGCUGAUGGAGGACCGAAAGAUGAGCUACUGUGUGGCCAGGCACAUGUGGGGCAGAAGCAGCUAUUUGGGUGCUUUGUUCAACCUUUCCAGGCAGGACAGCCUGUAUGUGAGUGUCUCAGAAGUCACACUGGUGAAUCCUGAGGAGUCAAAAACCUUCUUUGGCUUAUAUAUGCUUUAGGGGUGGGUGGAAGAUUAGCAUUCAUCAUACAGGCUAUGAGAAAAUUCUGAGCAACAUGAAAAUGAUCUGGGACAGCUGAUGGACUGCAAACGUUGCUUCUCUAGAAAGCCCAUCAGACUCCAUGACUUCACUUUUUACACUGAGAAGUUCAAAAAAGGCCUGAAGCGGAUCUCCACAGAUUUAAACUGAGGGUCGACUUUUCCUGCUGGAUUCCUUCAGAGACAAACAGCCUUGAACCACACAUGACUUGCCAAAGAGUGCCAGGAAAUCCUCCAUUUGGGGAAAAGCAGGGAUUUUGCGGCAUAAAAACCUGUCCCUAUUGACCAAAUGUAACAGCCAAAUUUGGAUCCAUAUUUGAAGAGAUGUUCUUUGGUUGUGUGGCAGCUGAGGUGUGAAGGGAGCAGAAAUGUUUUCUGUUAGUUCCUAGUGUGUGACCGCCUAGCUGCUAGUCUGGUUCCAUCCAGCGUUUAUGUCUUGUGCUGCAGCUUCCCAGUGAAGGCCUAUUGGGUUGCUGUCAUUCAUCAGACACACUUUUAAAACUCCCCCAGUGCCAGAAAUGUAAGCCACUCUUUUUCAGCCUACCUCUUUGGCUCUAGAGGUAGCCAACUCUCAACGAAAAAACAAAACCCACUUUCCCACUUCUCUCUGUGCUCAGAGGCAGGCGAAGAGGCACCAUCCUCAGCAUCCCUGAUUCCCAGCACCGCCUGAGCAGUUCCGACAGUCUUGUGAAUGUGAUGUAAGAUGAAGCACUUUCAGUUGAGCGUGGUCAUGAAACUUCAAAUGAGACUAAUUCCUAUGCAUUUUCCUCAACUCUGUGGGAAAAUUUAGAAUGAUUUUUGUUUGGAGAGAAAUUAAAGAAGUUAAAAUAUUCUGG